AUGGAUUCCGGAAGCGAAUGGAAGAUGCUAAAGCAAGUUGGGUUGAUCAAUUAUAUUUUGUUUUGUGGGGAUAGAGAACAAGUAUUCAAAACUGCAGAGACUCCAUUCAGACUUACUUAUGGAUGUGAGGCUAUAAUCUCGGUUGAAAUAGGAGAGCUAUCUUGGAGGAGAAUGAAGACUCUGAAAGAAGAAGAAGAAGAAAAGAAUAAUGAAGCUCUAGCUGUAGAGCUGGAUUUAAUAGAUGAAGUCAGGGUUCAAGAUAUGGCAACUAAGCAACUAAUUGCAGCUAAAUACAAUAGAAUAGUAAAGUCAAAAUCGUUUGAAAAAGACGAUUUGGUACUUCGGAGAGCAGAUAUAGGAAACAAGAAUGUCAGAGAUGGAAAGCUAGCUGCAAAUUGGGAAGGCCCUUACAAGGUAAAAGAGAAACUUGGUAAAGGAGCCUAUAUCUUGGAGACAAUAGAAAAGAAGCCUGUCAAAAGAACAUGGAACACGAAUAAACUGAAUCAAUAUUAA